AUGGACAGAACAACAAAUGAUAGGUGUGAUGCACUCAUCUUGUUACUACAAUCGGGACAUGGCGGACUUAUGACGCAUUUCAAUCAGUUCACCACACCAUCAACAUCAGCACCGAUUGCGGACGGCAAGAAUCGAAAGGCAAGGCGACCAUCACUGCAGCAUUACUGGAUACCUAAUAUCAGUUCAAGGUCGACUUUUGGCACCUUACGAAAUGUUCUUGAAAACGCAAUAUAA